AAUAUUUUUAUAUCCGCGCGUGUACUUCACUAGUUAAGUCAUAAAGUUUUUGUCUAAUGCGCACACCAUCAGGACACGUGUCAACUAACAUCCACAGAAACGCAGCUCCGCCUCCGCCACACGAGAAGCACUACACAGUACACACUUCCUAUCAACUACAUGCGGACACACGUGUGCGUAUACAUGCGUAUUGAUCUCGUUCCACGCGUCCGCAUAAACAUAAAGCAUGGCCGCAUACUCCGACUCCGAGCGCCUCGCCGAGCUCCGCGCCUUCGACGCGACCAAAGCCGGCGUCAAGGGCCUUGUCGACGCCGGCUUUACCUCCAUCCCCCGCUUCUUCGUCCACCCGGACCUCGACCUCGAGCGAACCCCCGGCGCGAAUUUCCGAGUCCCCGUCGUCGACCUCGGCGGCGUCGCCGCCGACCCCGCGCGGCGCGCGGCGGCCGCGGCGGAGGCGGGGCGCGCGGCGGAGGAGCUGGGGCUGUUCCACGUGGUGAACCACGGGGUGCCCCAGCAGGUGCUCGACGAAAUGCUCCAGAGAGUGAGGGGGUUCCACGAGGACGGGGUGGAGGUGAAGGGUGAGUACUACACCCGGGACCAGAGCAGGAAGGUGGUGUACAAUAGCAAUUUCGACUUGUACCAGGCGCCGGCGGCCAAUUGGCGGGACACGCUUUUCUGCUCGAUGGCGCCGGAACCGCCGCGGCCCGAGGAGUUGCCGCUCGCCUGCAGGGACAUAACCUUCAAAUACACAAGCUACAUGCAGAAGUUGGGAACCAUCCUGUUAGAGCUGCUCUCUGAGGCACUUGGAUUGAACCCUAAUCACCUAAUAGAAAUGGAGUGCGCCAAUGGAGUCAGUGUUUUGAUGCACUAUUACCCUGCUUGUCCUGAACCUCACCUCACACUCGGCACGAGUAAACAUUCUGAUUCCAGUUUCAUUACCAUUCUUCUGCAAGAUAGUCUCGGCGGUUUACAAGUCCUCCAUCAGAAUCAGUGGCUCAACAUCCCUCCAGUGCCCGGAUCGCUUGUCGUUAAUGUCGGCGACCUUUUACAGUUGAUCUCCAAUGACAAGUUCAAGAGUGUUGAGCACAGGGUGCUUGCAAAGAGCUCUGGCCCCAGAAUUUCUGUGGCAUGCUUCUUAAGCACAUAUCGCGCCACAUCUACAAGGCUCUACGGCCCUCUCAGGGAGUUAACUUCGCAUAAUAAUCCACUGCGUUAUAAGGAAGUUACUAUGAAGGACUUCCUCACGCACUACAAUCGCAAAGGCCUGGAUGGGCGGUCGGCGUUAGACCACUUCAGAUUGUGAUUCAGGGUUGAAAGUUGAGUUACAAGUGCACAGUUCAAAAGAUUGCUGAGCACAAGGUCGUCUUGGAUAGUUUUAUUAAAUGAAUUAUUAGCAUACUGAAACAAAAUUGGCAUUUAUGUUAUACACUAUUUGUUCGAAAAUAUGGUCGCUUGUUGUACAAAAAUACCCGUGACAGUUAUUUUGAUCACCUUUUGUACCAUAUAUUGUACAAUACGAAGCUUAUUUAAACUGUGCGUCAUUUUGAAUCAAA